GUUGGCUGUAGGGCUGGCUCUUCAACGUGGGCCGGUAGUGCGGUAUAAAGGAUAAAAGGUAGAAAAUUCGAGCUGUGUUUUGGGGAUUAACGGGGGACAAAGCACCGUUGAGGAGUCGCGUUUGUGUGUUUCUGAGCAGAUUGAGAAAACCAGAAUGUCUCCACCAGGAGAGCGAGAGAAUGCGGCCCUGCGACAGUGUGUUCAGGCUCGGGCACAGCUGGAGGAGGCCAUAGCUGGAGUGGUUAAAGCUGAGGCCCUGCUCAGGGGCAACUCUAGAGAGGUGAAAUCUCAGCUGCACAGCUGCAUCAGCAGACAUUUGGAGACUCUUCGCUCACGUGAGGUUUGGCUUCUUGAGCAGAUCGAUUUGUUGGAGCACCUAAAGGCAGAAGCUCUGCAGCAGCAGUUACAGCAACUCCACUGGCUCCGGGGCCAGUUUGACAUCCUCAUCCAUCAGCUGCAAAAUUCCAACAACACCAUCCUUGCCAGCCAGCUCACUAGCUGCUUGGAAAAGUUAUCGGGUCUGAAUCUGAGUCCUGAAGAAACCCCAGAGAUGAGUUUUGAAGCUGAUGCCCGCUCCUUGCGUCAAGCUAUUACUUCUUUUGGCACCAUUUCCACCCAGCAGAUGUUGAAGACCUCUGUCCCCACCCUGACCAGUCAGAGAUCAAGCUCUGCUGAGGAGUCUUGGCUUGCACAGAACUGCCCCAUCGCCACAAAGAGACAGAAGCUGGAUCAGGAGUGGGGAGGCCCACUUGCCGAGUGGCUGCUUACCAACGCCCCUGUGACCAGUGCUCCGAUUGGAUUCCAGUUCAGCAAUAAUCCACAGGAUUGGCUGUUAACCCCUAAAGAGAAUCUUCAGGUACAUCACCCACUUGUCUCCUUUGAUUUCCAAAAGGCCUGGGGUCAACUCAAAGAUCUAGAGGCAUGGCUCCUGAAGAAGUCACCUGCACGUGAACGAACCAGCAGCAAUGCCAGCACCAGCAGUUCUGUUUUCUCCAUUGAGAAGAUUGAUGAGAGAGACCUCGAGGAAGAGGAAAUUGAGGAGGUCCAAAUGGAGAAUGAUGAGGAUACUAACACUGAGACUCUCGACGACUGGCUCAUCACCCCCAAAACCAGCAAGUGGAUGGAGGCCAGCCCUGUUUCUGACGCAGAUAAGUGGAAGGUGGUGUUCAAACCGUUCACAGAGAACUUCUGCACCAGCGAGUGGCUUGUAAAGUCUGACUGCGGCUCGUGCUGCACCUCACGUGUCCAAGCAGUGGAGAUUGAGAACCUGGGCAAGCUCAAGUGUUUGAAAACACCCCCGUCUUCAGAUCCUACUACUCCUAUCACCCCCACUUCCACUUCUGCGCAUCCUGAUCCAGUGGAGAUCUGGCUUCAGCAAGUAAUUCCUAUAGAAAAAACUUGCAAAGCCAAUGAGACAUGUUCAAGCUUUGCUCAGUGUGUAUGCGACACCAACUGCGGGAAGGAGGCUCUGAGUGCCUGGCUGCUUAAAAAAGAUGGCAGAGACAAGAAUGGCAUGCCGGUGGAUAAGAGUGCCACCAGUAAACCAGCAAUGUUGCAGCAGCAGGAACAGAAAGUGCAGGCCAUCCUGGACGCCUGGCUCCAUCCCAGCAAAAGAGUAGAAGCUCCGUUUCAGUCCUCUCUGUCAGGCUGGAUUUCUUCAUGCAAGCUGGUGGCAAAAGAGAAAUCCACAACUGAGGAGAACUUGCACGUUAAUUUGCUUAAAGAUUCAGAGAGUCCCUUCCAAAAAGUUUUGAAAUCUGAGAAUUGGGUGUUGCCUGAAAAGAAACACACAGAGACCUCCAGCAAGCAGAAGGGACUAGAGCUAGACACUGAAGAGAACAAAUGGCUCCUACGCAAGCGGGCCAAUGCACAGGAUAGACUUCCCAGUGUAUGUGAUUUAUUUUCCUGUCUCAAGCUUGAUGGGGACAAGGAGAAGUGGCUGUAUCGCACGCCCAUCCAGAUGUGAAAACUGAACUGUAGUCAGCAAUCCUCCGGUGAAGCUACUGAUUUGCUGAUUAUUACACACACAAUCUUCCGUUGCCUUAUUUUUCAAUUUCUAUCUGAUUCAUGGUCUAACUCUAUUUUAGUUGAUCCGUAAGCACUUGCUUAACCCUGCACUCUCAAGAGAGAAUAAGGCUUUUCAAGCAACCAUGUACUCCUAAAUUGUUUAAUCAAAGUACAGAAAGCAAUCCAUACCAAUAUCUAUAUUAUGUAAAAUGAAUAGAUGAACCUGAUCAUCCUAUGUGAACGGAAGAGCAGUGUAAGACUGAUGGAGUCAUGGGGUAUAAAUUUAGAUGAUUGGGAAUAAUAGAGCUAUUUUUUACAU